CAUGACUAGAUUCAGACAUAACCUUAUUCGUAUGCAUAUGUUAACAACUUCGUGUGAUUGCUAAGUUAAGUGUAUUUCGUAUGUGUAAUAAAAGUGUAAGAAGAAAGUAUUUUAAUAAUUUCGAAGAAUAUAAACAAUAGAAGAUUAUUAUUAACAAAAAGACCAUUAUCAUGGAUUGGGAGGAAAUAGAAAAAUUGGCGGCAGACUUUCAAAGUGCACAGCUUAGCAGUAAUUUGCAAAAAUUAACAGAAAACAAUUGUAUAGAAAUAGUAUCAAAACUCAUUGAGUCUAAGCGUUUGGAUGUAGUAUUUACAAAUGACAGAAAGGAAUAUGUUACACGACAAUAUCUUAAAACGCAGAUAAUAGAUGAGUUAAGUUUUCAUGGUGGUAGAAUGAAUUUAAAUGACAUAGCACAAAUCCUUAAUGUCAGUUUAACUCUGAUAACAACUUUGGCCAACGAAAUUCAGGCAACUGAAUCUGGCAUUCAUGUAGUUUUAGGAUAUUUAAUUAACGAAGAAUAUUGGGAACAGAUGAUGAAAGAUAUCAACGAUAAACUUUGGCAACAUCAUUACAUUAAAGUAGUAGAUUUAACAUUGUUUUAUAAUUUACCAACUGAUUUUAUAAGAUCUACUAUAGAAACUGCAUUAACUCGAAAGAUUAUAAUGGAUGUAGAGAUUACGCAAGACAAACAAAUUUAUUACACUAAUAGAUUUAUUAAAACAAACAAAGCUAAAAUAAGAGGUGCUUUAUCUGCUAUAACAAAACCUGUUUCAUUAUCUAUUAUUUCUAAGGAAUGUUCUGUUCCUGAUUUUGUUAUUUAUCCCGUGUUGGGUGAACUGCAACAGAAAAAACAAAUAUCAGGUAUCAUAUCGGGAGAUCAAGUCAAAACUGGUAUGUUUUUACCACAUAUUUAUGUUAAAAAUCAAACUCAAUGGAUUCAUGAUUUCUACAAACAAAAUGGAUAUUUAGAAUAUGAUGCACUUGUUAGACUUGGMAUAUCAGAUCCGAAACAUACUAUUAAAAAAUAUUUUCCUAACGAUGAUAUUAUUUUUCUGGCUUCUGUUGCAGUCAACGAUAUUAUUGUUGAUCAAAUUAAAACCAUUGCUAAUGAUAUUAUUAAUACUAAAUCGUUCAUAGAUGUUCGUGAUUAUUUGCCUUCUAUUCUUAAUGAAAAAGAUAUUGAAAUAUUUUUAAAUAAAAUAUUGGAUAAUAGUCCGGUCAAAGUAUUCAUGGAAACAGUUUUAGUUUCUGAUGAUUUUCUACAGAAUUCUGUACAACUUUUGUAUAAAGUUGCUGAAAAUAAAGCGCAAAUGGUAGUAACCAGUGGUAAAUGGUUACAGUUAGUUUGUGAGGAUAAAAUUAAGUUUAAAAGUGACGACAGUAUUGUUAAAAAUAACAAAACUCAUAAGAAAGAGGAACGACGUAAAAAAGCAACGAGUGGAAAAGCAGGAGGUGGAAAUCAAGGAAGAGAAACGAAGACCAAGUCGACGAAGAAAAAAUAUUUACAACAGAAAUUUAAUGAUGAUCUUUCUGACGAUGAAAAUAUAUAUAUUAAGGAUAAAAAUGUUGAUCACGAAUUGGUAUCGUUAGAAGAUAUUACAACUGAACUUAUGAAAAAUCGUGAAAUUGCAGCAAUAGAUGAUUUAGCCGAUCAAUUAGCUUUAAUGUUGCAUCAAAAAGUAAAUGAAUAUGCGUCAUGUGCAGCAGAAAAAUUAGCUGAAUCUAGUGAUGCAUUUAAUACGGAUGAACUUAAAAAGGAUUUAAUUAUUUUAUCAACUAAUAUUAAAAUUUUCAAUGAAAGUAUUAAACUUUUUGAACAAGAAUCCCAACGUACUUCAUUAACAGAAUAUUUAAUGAAAUCAUUAUGUCGGGAUUUUGUAACGAGAUUAUUUAAAUUAGCUAGUAUACAAAAUAAAUUGCAAUAUCCUGAUAAUAUUGAUUUUAAUACAAUUAAAAAAAUACUUGUCGAACUACCUUCAGAUAUUCAAGUACCAUUAAACAACAUAUACACAGCUGUUACAAAAUGCAUUAUCAAAGAUUUCUUGAAUUUUAUCACUCCUGCAUUGCAGGCUUGUUCUGUGAUACAAAAGAAACAUAACAAAGAUAUAAAUAAACAAAUUAUUUUUACUCAUAAAGAAGCUCUGUUAAAAGAAUUAAAAAUAACGCAGGAUCCAGCAUUGGCGUUGAAUUUGGUUACGAGUUUAAUUUUUACAGCAGCUACGGAAAAUAUUAUACACAUGUCUGGAAAACAUGUUUCAAUGGUUCUAUCUUUUCUUUAUUCAUACGUAAUACCCGAAACUUCAGAAUUAUUAAAUAAUUAUUGUGAUUUAGUCAAAAGUAGCAUAUCGUCUUUAGAAAAUAAUGAAAAAAUGGAAGCACAAGAAGCAUUAAAAAAUCAAUUGGAAUUAAUCAAAAUGAUUCCUGAU